AUGGCUUCGCCUCGGGACUUCCACCAGCUAUCCCAAUUCAAUUGGAUCGUCUCAGCCUUCAUCCUCGCCUCAGCAGCAUUCAUCCCCUUCUGGGGCCAAUUCGCCGACGUCUUCGGUCGCUACUCCGCCCUCCAAGGCUCCAUGCUUCGCACGCUUCGUUCUUCCACCCGUGCUCCUUGGCCCUCAAAAGACCAUAAGAACAGACGACAGGAAAGAAUGAGUAUCACAAACCUUCUCCGCACGCCUCAACGCCAUCGAUUUCGGUGGGCAGAUACUCUUUAUCUUCGGCAUGGGCCUGUUCGUGCUAGCUUCGACAUGGGCACGCGCCUACUGUCCCAGAGCGACGCCAAAGUCGUCGCGCAUCUAGCCGUCGGCUCGAUACUCAUCUUCAUUUUUCUGGGCUGGGAAUACUUGAUGCUGCCAGGACAUUUCCUGGCCACUCGCUCACCGACAAGGAGACCGAUGAUCCCAUUAACCUCUUUACACGCAAUGCAGAACUACUGGUGCUGCGUCAUCGAGGCACGCGGCAUCGCCAUCCUCGCUGCCGCCAUAAACUCCACCAAGCUGAACCUCAUCUACGGCAGGCUAGCCCUUACCGGCGUCGGCACAGGUUUGCGGAUGAUGCCUGGCACACUGCAUGGUAUUGCCUGCCACCCUGAUGCAAUCGCAAGCAUCGUGAGUCUGACGAGUCUGGCUAUAACCCUUGGUGGUACGCUUGCUACCACGGUUAUGUUGAACAUCUUCAACAAUGUGCUAUCCCAGGCGGGGAUUAGGCUGAAUGGAGUGUCGAGUUCGGGUUUCAGUGAGAUUUCAAGCUUGCCGGCUGAUGAGCUGGCUUUCUUUAGAGGCAAAGCACAGAGGGGUAUCGUCGUGUCUUUGGGACUGGGGAGUGUGAGGAUCGGAAAGGGAGACGAAGGGGAUCAGAUCACGGGGAAGGGAAGUUCUGUUGGCAGUCUGUUUUUGGAGGAGAGCGGGGAAGGAGGUAGCUGGGAAAGGGCUUGA